GAGCGCAAUCAAUGUCACUGCAGUCGAGUUUUUUUGUCUACGCAGAAUAUUUUUCUUGAAUCGAAAUCUGUUUUUCUUGGCAAUUUUUACCCUUUAUUUUGCACCAAUUAACUGUGAAAAGUGCUAAAAAGAUGACGGAGGAUCGUGAUGACUUACCCAAAGAGUUUGAUUUGACUGUAAUUGGAACGGGACUGACAGAGUCAAUUGUGGCAGCUGCAGCCAGUCGAGUUGGUAAAUCUGUGCUCCAUCUCGAUGUCAAUGAGUACUAUGGCAGCUACUGGGCCUCCUUCAAUUUCAAAAACCUCCAGACACUCAAGGAAGAAUGUGGGGAACAGAAGGAGAUGCUGGAGACAAAUGGCAUUCAGCUCUGGAGGCAUAGCAAUCAAGUGCAGAAUGUCCAGAUCAAUUGGCAUGUUCCAGAGUCUUCUGAGACGGAAGGCGAUGGAGAGGAGUGGACUCAGGCCAGAAUAGUAAAAGACUAUCACAAAUUCAACAUCGAUCUAGCUCCCAAACUACUUUAUUCGCGAGGUUCCAUGGUUGAAUUGCUGAUCUCGUCCAACAUCUGCCGCUACGCAGAAUUCCGAUCCGUGGACAGAAUUGCUACACUCUAUGAGGGUGAUAUCAAAACGGUACCUUGCUCCAGAUCCGAUGUCUUCAACACCAAGGAGGUAACGAUGGUGGAGAAGCGAAUUCUGAUGAAGAUGCUCGAAACGUGCAUGCAAUGCGAAGAGGGUAAUGAAGAGUUUGAGUACAACCGCGAGAAUACGUUUUUGCAGUAUCUGGAAGCUAAGCGACUGCCACCCAAGCUCAUACAUUACCUUCUCGAUGCCAUAAGCAUGUCCAAUGUGCAUACAUCUUUCGAGGAGGGCAUUCAGAGGGUGCGGCGCUUCAUUGAGAGCCUGGGCAGGUACGGUAACACUCCCUUCUUGUUCCCCAUGUACGGUUGUGGUGAACUGCCACAGUGCUUUUGUCGACUGUGUGCGGUCUUUGGGGGAAUUUAUUGCCUGAGACGACCGAUUGAGCGGAUUGAGUUGCGUCGGCCAGAGGAGGGAGAUGGAAAGAGAUUGAGUAUGGUGAUUGGAGAACAGACGAUUCAGACGCAGGAUAUUGUUUUUGGGUCGGGAACAAUUUCAAUCACGGGUGAUUAUCAGAAUCGGAGUUGCCUGGCGGGUUUGCCAGAGAUGAUAAUGCCGCGCAAAUGUGGAAAUAUGUCCAGGGGAAUCUUCCUUGUGGAUUCACCGUUAGGCGGGGCGGCUGAGAAUCAGGGUGGAGGAGGAGUAGCUCUGCUAAAACUACCUCCAGCUCCUGGGGUGACUACAGACAAGCAGGGUGCCUUUGUUAUUCAACUGUCACAUCACAGUGGCACCUGCCCGCCUGGACUCCAUCUAAUUCACAUAACAUGCGAUGCCGAUAUCGAUCCGCGAUUGGAUUUGCAGCCCUAUGUCGAUCAGAUCCUGUCUGUCAGUGAUGAAGGCUCUCAAACUCCUGAAAAUUCCCAAGAUCAGGUGGAUGGUGAGGAGAUGGAAGAUGUAGGGAAGAGGAAACCCAGAAUACUCUAUUCCCUCUACUUCACCAUUCCGCAGUGCUUCAAAUGUGAUAACUACGAUAAGUUGCCGGAGGGAGUACAUUUAGCUUGUGGUCCAUACCUUGAGCUCGACUAUGAUACAUCCAUCAAUCAAGGAAGGGAACUCUUUCUCAAGAUCUAUCCCAAUGAGGAGUUCCUGCCACGUUGCCCUGAACCAGAGGAGAUUAUUCUGUAAUAUUCCCAUUUCUGAGAACAAUGUAAGUUCUUUUUAUUGUUAAUAAAAGACAUCAUUCAUGGAA